AUGUCGCUCCUAUGCUCGCUGGUCUUCGGAACACCAGCCAGUCCGAGCAUCUGCUCCGCCGACACGCAGUGCGCCAAUGAUUCGCCUGUUUGCUGCCACGGCACCUGUGCCAAGAUUUGCAUGAGUGCCUCGCCGCCAAGCCCUGGACUUCCCGAGGAGUGGCUCCGUGAGGAAGUGCCCGGCGAACCCGCCGCCUGCACCGACGACUCGCAGUGCACACAGAAAUACGAGACGUGCUGCCGAUGGAACGACACCAUUGGAGGCUAUGGCGGAGAGGGCACGUGUGCUCAGGUGUGCACGCUCUCGAGCGUCAAGCAGUCGCCUCCCCCCACCGCGCCGCCGAUGCAAGACGCAUCGCCGCCGCCAAGCCCUGGACUUCCCGAGGAGUGGCUCCGUGAGGAAGUGCCCGGCGAACCCGCCGCCUGCACCGACGACUCGCAGUGCACACAGAAAUACGAGACGUGUUGCCGAUGGAACGACACCAUUGGAGGCUAUGGCGGAGAGGGCACGUGUGCUCAGGUGUGCACGCUCUCGAGCGUCAAGCAGUCGCCUCCCCCCACCACGCCGCCGAUGCAAGACGCAUCGCCGCCGCCAAGCCCUGGACUUCCCGAGGAGUGGCUCCGUGAGGAAGUGCCCGGCGAACCCGCCGCCUGCACCGACGACUCGCAGUGCACACAGAAAUACGAGACGUGCUGCCGAUGGAACGACACCAUUGGAGGCUAUGGCGGAGAGGGCACGUGUGCUCAGGUGUGCACGCUCUCGAGCGUCAAGCAGUCGCCUCCCCCCACCACGCCGCCAAUGCAAGACGCAUCGCCGCCGCCGUCCCCUCGAACCUGCAGCGCUGAGCUUGCGUGCCCCAAGGGCGACCAGGCCGCAGCAGCCUACCUGUGCUUCAAGGGCCGCCAGACAUCGUCGGACACCAUAGACGCCACCGCAGAGAAGGCAGGGCUGGAUGCCGUCCAGGCUAUCUGA